AUGGUGAUCGUUGUGUUGAUUGACCCUGGAACCAAGAACCAAAGUUGCCUGUUCAGAGAGCUCCCACAGUCUUAUGUCUGUGAGAAUGAGAAGACUCUCAUUGACCAUCAGCCCCAUGACCAGGAGAGAAACUCCACGGUGGACCAUGAUGACCCAGAACCUCCACUGAUUAAUGACCAGCAGGAGGAACUCUGCACCAGUCUGGAGCAAUCAAACCCAGAGAUUUCUCAAAUUAAAAAGGAACAGGAAGAAUUCUGCACCAUUCAGAACAAGUCAAAUCCAGAGAGUCCUCAAAUUAAAAAGGAACAGGAUGAACUCUGCUCCAGUCAGGAGGAAGAGCUACUUGGAUUGAAACAGGAGACUGAUACCUUUGUUGUGACUUCUGCUUCUGAGGAAAGUGAUCACACUAAACCAAAACCAAACAAUGAUCAGCUCCUGUUUCACAUCUCUUGUGAAGCUGAGAACCCAGAUCAGGAAGGAAGCAAGGAUGUAGACUCAGGAUCAACUAGCUGUAUCAAGCUGAAGCCAAGACAUCACAGUAUCAGCAGUCAAAGUAAUGAUGUAGACAAUGUUCCAGUGUCAGAGAGACAGUGUGAUAAUGACAAGGCAACAAAAUCUCUAACAUGUGAGAUGUGUGGAAAAGCUUUUAAGUAUAAGUCAGAGUUAAUCAGACAUCACAGAACCCACACAGGUGAGAAGCCGUAUUCUUGUGGUACAUGUGGAAAAAGCUUCAGUCAACGGACUCAUUUGACUGUCCACAUCAGAUGUCACACAGGUGAGAAGCUGUAUGUUUGUAACACCUGUGGAAAAAGAUUUUCUGGUUCAUCAGCACAUAACAAGCACAUGAAAAUUCACAAAAUGGGAAAGUCGUAUUCUUGUGGAACCUGUGGAAAAAGUUUCAUUCAGCGUUCCCAUUUGACUGCCCACAUGAGAAUCCACACAGGUGAGAAGUCGUGAUACUGAAACAUCUGUGGAAAACUUAGCGUCAGAACUAAGCUUGAAACAACAUGUAAGAAUUGAUACAGGUUAAAAGUAGCUCCCUGAAAUUUAAAGCAAUUUUAGACUGUGCUUCAACAACAGUUGUGAGGAAUUAUGUAAGCAGUCUUUGAUGAUUAGACCAGAUGGAGUCUGGACUGUGGUGGUGGAGCAGUCAGAAGAACCAAACUGAAUAUCUGGAUGGAUAUGGUGUUAGUACAGACUGCUACAUUUCUGCUAUCAUGACAUCUUUCAUCAGCAGAGCAGUGAUUUGAGAUAUUAUGAAGCUGUUUGGAACAUUUUCACAUCCUGCUGAGAGAACAUGGCUGUUCAGGUGUGAACAUACUGCUGGAAUCUACACAGCUUGAGUUCUGCUGUCUUUCAAGUAAAAGGAGGCAACAAGAUACUGAGACAUUGUGACAGUAGAACACAACAGAGUGUCACUGCAGCAGAGAUGUGCACGUGAAAUAAAGUUGUAAUAAAACAUG